GCCAUUUCCCCGUGAGGAAGCGGGUUUUUAAGUGCACCGCACAGCGGCCACGCAAGACAAACGGAUCCGCUUCUUCUGUCGCCGCGCCCGCCCCGCCGGGACCGCUAAGCGCAGGAAGGCGGCAGCGCCGAGGCAGGAAAGGGGCGGAGGGCCGUCGGGUGGGCCUGACUUCGCCUCACAGCCCAGGCAACCCUGCCUCUCCCCGCCUCCUCGCAGUCCCCCGGCGGCGCCUGCAGCAGCAGCAGCAGCGCUCUCCGUCCCGCCGGCGGAUUUCGGCAGCGAUGGACGGCGAGCCGAGCGGCAAGGAGCCCGACGACGCCGACCAAGCUUACGGGACACCCCAAAAAUAUGACCCAACUUUCAAAGGCCCCAUAUAUGACAGGGGUUGCACCGAUAUCAUCUGCUGCAUCUUGCUUCUGGUUGCCAUUGUGGGCUACAUCGCUGUGGGAGUCGUGGCAUGGACACAAGGAGACCCCCGGAAGGUGAUCUACCCCACAGAUAGCCGUGGGCAGUUCUGUGGCCAGGCCGGAACCCCCAACGAGAAUAAACCUUUCUUGUUCUACUUCAACAUCGUGAAAUGUGCCAGCCCUUUGGUGCUGUUGGAGUUUCAGUGUCCCACCACACAGAUCUGUGUUGAAAAGUGCCCAGAUCAAUACCUCACCUACUUGCAAGCCUCAACAGGUGGCGCAGCCAGCAAGGAUCUCAAAUACUAUGAGCAGUUUUGUGUCCCAGAAUUUAAAAACCGGAAGACGGCCCUGAGUGCACCUGAAGUUUUGAAAGAUGAUCUGUGCCCAGCCAUGCUCACUCCAAGCAAACCCUUGGCUCGCAGAUGUCUACCUGCAAUCAGCUCGAAUAAAGGGGUCAUCAUGGUUGGGAACAAGACCACCUUUAAUGAUGGGAAAGGACAUGAGAGGAACGUGACCGAACUUCUGGAAGGGGCCAAAAAAGCAAAUGUGGUUCUAGAGGCGAGACAAGUGGCUAUGAAGAUCUUUGAAGAUUACACUGUUUCCUGGUACUGGAUAAUAAUAGGUCUGGUGAUUUCCAUGGUGGUCAGUCUCAUCUUUAUUGUCCUGCUCCGGUUCCUAGCAGGGAUCAUGGUCUGGGUGAUGAUUGUGCUGGUGAUCCUGGUGCUUGGAUAUGGAAUCUUUCAUUGCUACAUGGAAUAUGCCCAGCUGAAAGGACAGGCUGGUUCUGAUGUUUCCCUGAAAGAACUUGGGUUCCAGACAGAUCUCCGUGUCUACCUCCAUCUGAAGCAAACGUGGCUGGCCUUCAUGAUCAUCCUGUGCAUUGUGGAGGUUGUCAUCAUUUUACUGCUCAUCUUUUUGCGCAAGAGGAUUCUCAUUGCCAUUGCAUUGAUAAAGGAAGCCAGCAGAGCGAUUGGUCACAUCAUGACAUCCCUGCUGUUCCCUCUCUGCACUUUCUUCCUGGUGUGUCUCUGUAUUGCUUAUUGGGCCAGCACAGCUGUUUUCUUGUCUACCUCCAAUGAAGCUGUCUACAAGGUGUUCAACGAGACAGAGUGCAUUUACGCCAGAACGACCUGCAACCCAGAGACCUUCAAUACUUCCAACGUCACCAAAGUGUGCCCAAGCGCUCGCUGCCUCUUUGCCUUCUACGGCGGCGAGAGCACCUACCACAAGUACCUCAUCAUCUUCCAGAUCUACAAUGUCUUUAUGUUCUUCUGGCUGGCAAACUUUGUCAUUGCCUUGGGCCAAGUCACACUGGCCGGAGCCUUUGCCUCGUACUAUUGGGCCUUUAAGAAACCGGAUGACAUGCCAGCCUUCCCUCUGUUCUCUUCCUUCGGCAGAGCACUCAGGUAUCACACUGGCUCACUAGCCUUCGGCUCCCUGAUUCUUGCUAUUGUCCAGGUCAUUCGAGUCAUGCUGGAAUAUUUGGAUCACAGGCUAAAAGCUGCUGACAACAAGUGUGCCAAGUUCUUCUUGACCUGUCUCAAAUGCUGCUUCUGGUGCCUCGAGAAAUUCAUCAAGUUCUUGAACAGGAAUGCCUACAUUAUGAUUGCCAUCUAUGGCACUAAUUUCUGCACUUCUGCAAGAAAUGCCUUUUUCCUGCUCAUGAGGAAUAUCGUCAGGGUUGCUGUUCUGGAUAAAGUCACAGACUUCCUGCUUUUCCUUGGCAAACUCCUGAUUGUGGGAAGUGUUGGUAUACUUGCCUUCUUCUUUUUCACCCACAGGAUAAAAGUGAUUCAAGACACAGCACCACCCCUCAACUACUACUGGGUCCCCAUUCUGACGGUGGUUGUAGGCUCCUAUCUAAUUGCACACGGAUUCUUCAGUGUGUAUGCCAUGUGUGUGGACACACUCUUCCUGUGUUUCUGUGAAGAUCUGGAAAGGAAUGAUGGAUCUCCUGAGCGGCCUUAUUACAUGUCCCCCGAACUGAGCGAAAUCCUGCUGAAGGGAAGCCUAGAAUCUUCCAAAAGUGCUGAGAGCCAGGAAUAGGGACUGGUGCACCGAGUGGGAGAGGCACACACAGGUUGCCUGAUCCGUGUGCAGGUGCUGUUCCUUCGUGGCUGCCCUGAGAGCUGGUGCAAACCUUCUAGUUUUGCUGUUCUGGGAAACAGUGCUUCCUCUAGCAAGUGGGAGGCAAACAUUCUGGCGCCAGAGGAGUGGAAGCUGAAGUUCAAGGCUGAAUGUGUUUAAUGUCAGGGAAACUCACCACAUCUCCGCUGUUUGCACCACGAGGUGCUGUUUUCUGCUCUCCCCAAAAUGCCAUCCCUAUAGCAAGUCUGGCUAUUUAACCGGUUGCAUAAAUAAGCAGAAUGCAUACAGUACAGUACAGUACAGUACAGUACAGUACAGUACAGUACAGUACAGUACAGUACAGUACAGUACAGUACAGAGUGAGUGAUGCAGAUAUUUACAUUAUGUAUUGGAUCAUUUCUUGGACUUUCCCUUUCCUUGACUAGGCAGAUGUAGAACAGAGCCAUUUCUUUGGUUACCAGUGAAUUUUGAGAGCAGAUGCUUUUGUCCAAAGGGACAAAGGAACCAAAAUUGCUUGAGAUGCUAGGGAUAUCUUUGGCUGGUUGGGCUGGUUUUGAGUUGAUGGGGGGGGGGCUUCGAAUUGCCUAGGACUUGCUUCCAGGCAGAAGUAAGUGGAGGAGGAUAGGGAUUCUAGCAGAGCAGCAAAGCAGGUAUGCAAAUGAUGUCUUGCCGAAGAGUUGUUUCUUUGUUUUGAAGUUCCUGCUGCAAAUUUGUGGGACUCUUUCCAUAUAGACUUACAGAUCUGUAUGGCUAUUUUUCCCAGUAGUUUUGAGUUUCCUUCAUUUUCAGUUCCUUAUUUUGUUGUAAAGCAGUAUUCUGUGCAACCUGCAAGCUUGCUAUCCUGCUUGAUGAUCCCUUUUACUGAACUGUUCUGACACUCUAGCAUGCCAUUGAAAUUACAGUAGCUUGCAGAGUAAUCUUAUCAAAUAUACAACAUUUGCUUGUUUGUAACUUCUCUACAGCUUGUCUUGAUGUGGAAAGUAAUGACAACUAAUUUCCCUAAUGGCUCUCUUCCUAGGCUACGGUCCCAAUAUCCCACAUAGCUAUGUAUGCCUUAAGCCCAUUGAAAGACAUAAGUUUUAGCAUACCAUACUGAACUAUACUCAAAACAUAGCGUUGAAAUUCCCAGUGUAGCCUUGAAAUUCCCAGUGUACAUCUUUGCAAAGUCCUUAAUUAAGCUAAUAAUAAUCUUGAAAAAUCUGUGACUGAUAUCUCCUUCCUAUGGCAGAUAAAGUAUUAGAUUUCCUUCCUCAAAAUACACCCCCCCUGGGUUUUCAGUAUUGUAUAAAGCUGGAGCUUAUUUUUCUCUGCUUUACAAAAGUUUAUUAGCUGAACAUAGUAUGUCAGGAUAUUUUUUCCCUGUCCCAGAAAAACACAAAUCUGGCUCCAAUCAUUGUAAAACUAAAGGGUGUUUUUUUGUGUGUGUUUUGGGUGGAGAUGGGGAGGGAAGGUGAGUUAGCAAACAAUUGUGAAUUUGCUUAGGAAAGGAUGAAAAGGAAUUAUGUGGGUUUGACAGAGGCUAGGCAGACAGAAAGGAAAGUGGGGCAGACAGAACACUGUAUUGGGAGGUUUUCUUGAAAACACUUAAUAUAUUCUGCAUCUUGCUCCACAUGGCAUCAAACUUCCAGAUUCCAUCUCGGAAAACUCAGUGCCUUAUUAAAGAGAUACUUCCUUUAUGAUAGCUCUCCAGGUGUCAUGUGGAACAUUAUCCACUUCAAGUUUAUGGUCUGGAAUUACCUUUGAUUAAAUAUAAUUAUGAUAAGGGUUUUGUUUUGUUUUGUUUCUCCCUGGCUUCUUGGUUAUCCCUGAGAGUUGCUUUUGGCACAGAUAUUCUGUAAACAAGCAAAAGAUAGCAUAGGGUCAAUUCAAAAUGAAAUUAAAUGAAUGUUGACAAAGACUCACUAGUGAUCUUCAUCACAAAGAGAUGGAAACUUGUUUUUUAAAGAUGAAAUUAGAGACCAAAAGGAUAGCAAAUGCAGCAUUAUAAAUUCUCGCAUGUGUAGUGUUUCAUGAGACAGUGGCCAGCCUGGAAACUCCUGUGGCUAGUGGCAGGCAGUUGUUUUCUAAAGGAGCUAAAAGUAGUUGGAAGUGCUUUGAGAAAGGUUUUGCUUCCCAUAAUGUGUGCACAUUUCUUCUGCCCCAGGGUUGUCUCUGGGCUAAACGGGCUCUGGAAGCAAAAUAAAAGGUGAAAACCAUUUUCCAGAGGCAGUACUGGUAUGAAAUCCAAAAAUCUGUGGUCCUUCUGCUGCCUGUUGAUGACCUGAGCAGGCAGGGCACUCUUCAAAGUUUUUGAAGACUUCAUUGUUUCUGGUGGCCCUUUUUUUUUUUUGAGCAGCCAAUUUUGGUUUUGAGCAGAUCACUCAUACCUGUAUCAGGAAUGUGCCUCUUUCUUGUGCUGCACCAGGUUGGAAUAUAUAUAUGGCUGCAAAGACAGACCUUUGUGAAGAGAAGGCCAGGUGUAGGUUUGCUAUGCAUCUGGCAAAUGGGCCAGUAUGCUGUUCACAUAUAUUGUAUCUUAUAUCACAAAAGAGGCGUAGUAUUUCUCAGUAUGUGAGUAGGGGAAUGGUACUCCUUACAAAGCUUAAUUGAUCAGUUUGAUGCUAAUAAAAAAAGAUAAAAGAAUUUGCAAAGAAAAAGACAAGCAGAGGAAAACUUCAUAUAACUUAUCACCACCACUGUUGCUGCCACGGCCAGAGGCAGUAUUCUUCAGCUUCUCUUCUUGCUUCCCCAUGGAGGAAAAAAGAUCCUCUUCAUUGCCACCCCUUGGAAAAAGAAUGCAGGUGCAAAAACUUGACUCUACAUUUUAAAUAUGCAAAUAGAACUCCUCAUUUUCUCCUCCGAUUCUGCUUGCCUGGAAUCUUGCUAAAGUUAUAAGGCUGUUGAAUUAAAUUCAGUCCUCAAAAGAAGCUGUGCGGUUCAGAGUUUAUAUGUACCUGCUUGUUGUGCAUUGAAAGGUUCAACUGAGUGCUUCAUUCGUAAGUUAAACACUCAAGUUACACGUAGCGAGGAGGGGAGCUAAAUGCAAAUGUUGCCUCAAAUAUGAGAUUUCAUCUAGAUCUUAACAUCUGUGGAAUCAUUAGGACACUGCCAUAGCCUUGAGAAUGGGGUGAUACAUUCCAUCGCACCAAGACAUGGUUGAGGAAACCCAUCUUGACCUAUAUCCUCCACUGUGAGGAAGUGUUCAACUUUCCUUGAGGAAAAGUGGAAGGAUUGGCCUGUCAAUUCGAAAUCCUGCUCAGUUUGGGACAUGCGUCUGGAGUAGGGUACACUUGCUUGCUUGGGGGGAGUCCCAGCCUCCAGUUAGUGGUGUCAGGUUUCCCAGUAUUUUCACUGUCUCAGAUUGCUAACACUUUCCCUUUGUUAAGGGCCUUACUUGAUCCCAGAUACCUGCCAUUUGGUACUUGGGAGACAGACAUUUUUUCACAUCCCUUAUGCUGGGGGAAUUUGUGUCUCUUUGCAGUGGAAGAUCUGGAACGUAAUGAUGGCUCUACCGAAAAGCCUUACUUCAUGUCAUCUAAUCUGAGAAAGCUCUUGAAGAAGACCAACAAACAGCAAGCAGAUGCAUAGCUGGCCCUCCCGUUCAUUCCUGUUGCUUCCGUUCGUAGCAUGCAGCAGACGCACUGAAAUUUAACCAGUCUGAGCUUUGUCGAACCUUUUCUUUGAAGAGCAGCAAUCUGUGGGGUCCCUCUUCCACUUGCUCAGCCAAAACAACAGUAGCUUCCCUUGAUUUGGAAACACUCUUGCCCCCCCCCCACUGAAAAAUGAGGAACUUGUGUCACAAUAGCUCCAUCUUAAGUCUUGAGUGUAGAGGUAUCUGCUACUAAGUCAAUCAAAGCCUCCCUGCUCACGAUCGGCCUGGAGCGGGUGGGUUUCUUGCUUGCUAGUGCAGAAGCAGUUUGUAUAAGCGGUAGAUUUCAGUUGCCAGCAGUCCAUGGACGCUGUAACCCGCUAGCUAACUGAGCUGAUUUCAUUCCAUUAACUUGUUUGAGUAGACUCCAAACUGGCCUCGAUCCAAGUGUUCUGGCUUAAUCUCAAAACAAAUAAUCUUGGAGAAGUUGGAUCAUUCCAAUAACAAUUUUUUUUAACCAUUUGUAUUUACUAAGUGUCUUUUCUCCUUGUCGUGGCGUUUACUUCAUUAUAUACACCCCUUGCCACUUGGGAUAGACACCUUUAAAGGAGCAAGCUGCCUUUAAGCAUGGCACGUUGACUUCGUGGAUAAUUUAUAACCUCCUCCAAAUGACUAGCAGCCUUUCAUACAAAUGCUGUGAAGAAAAGCUUAUAGGCAACUGUUGUUGGGGUUGCCGGUGAAAAAGCUAGGGUACUAGUGCUGUUGUUUCUUGAAUGAGGAUGGGGCAAAAUUAUUUUAGCAGCUUUGACUUGCAAAAUAGGGAAAGGUCUUCAAAAAAAAUUAUUUGCAAGAAAAGAGCUGUGUGUUUGUUGGGGGGGGUAAACAAAGUAAGUAUGAACUAUGGAAUAGCUAAAUAUGAGGCAGAACCUAAAUAUAUGCAAAAAUGUACCACUAAAAUGCAAGGAAGUAGGAGGAUUAGUUGGAAAGAGUUCCAAAUUGUGGCUACAGGAAUUGGUAACUUUCCACAAAGGUAAUGAUAAUACCAUCAAUCAAUUUUUAAAUCUGGGCAGUUAAUUUUGUGUUUGCUUUUUAUAGUCCUUUUCUACUCUCCUAUACAUCUCUGUAUCUUUCAAAAAUAUUUUAUAACUGAAACAUUAAACAUUUUGUUUUGUA